CUCAAACAAGCCCCGACAGACAGAACAACCGCAACCGCAGCCGCAAAGCACAACCUCACUUCUCUCCUCCCUUUCCAUCCCUCUCAUCCAUCUCAUCCGUCCCCCUUCGUUGCAGUUUCUGUUACUCAAUUGCUGCUGCAUUCUUCAUUCUUGCACGUCCCUCCAGGCUAGACUGUUAGCGGGCCGCUUGUCAGUCCAUCACCCUCCUUUUUAAAAUUAUUCUCGUGCUUGGUUUGCGAGGUCCCCAAGGUCUCUGCGGCCCUGUGUCUCGGUCCCGCAAUUGUGACUGCAGCCAGUGCCUGCGCCUUUUCCGCCAGCUUCUCAGAGUUGCCCAGUCCCCAUCCCCAUUUCCACCACCACUCGACUUUUUUCCCUGAGGCUCGUGCCCUCUGACCACCGUCCCUGCCACUGCCAACGGCCCUCCACCGAGACAUUCAAGGCCGCUCCGUUGCUGUCUCGCUGUCUAUUCUUUGACCCCGGGAUCUCACAGAACCUCCGAAUCCUCCACAACACAGUCGCAGUCUGACUGGCCGGUUCCCGUCGAUUCAGCUCGUAUCCAGAGCACCUCCUGUGCGACGUGGCUACCGACUCGGGCAGCUCAUGGCCUCUGCAGCCAGCAUCCCAUCCCCGAAUUUGAAUACUGCAGUCAACCCACCACAAAAUAAUGGUUUGGCAAGGGCCACAAUGAGAUCAAGUAGCAACCAGAAGGCUGUGGAUGCAGGGCGCAAGCAGAGUCCCGGUGGUGCUGGUGGUGACGGAAUUUCAAGUGCUAGGCGACCGACUUCUCAGAAGGUCUGGGGUUCAUCCUCAAACUCAUUCCAGCAACGGGGCUCCAUGCCCAUCCACCAGAAUGGGAACACUGCCCAGUCCAGGAACACAAACGUCAUGAGGUCCACACCGCAGCGGGAUGCAGGCAUUACAGACAAACAAGCACACGAGAGAUUGAUCUUCCUCUUUGGGGCGGCUAUAGGUUUGAACAUCAUCCUUACGUCCAGAUCAGGAGAAAAGUUCGAGGGCCUGUUGUCUGGUUCAUCACUCACACCGACCAGCACCAAGAUCACUCUCAAGAUGGUUAGAAAACUACAACCUGCCACUCCAGGUCAGGCCAACGGUGUGGUACCUCGGGAAGCGGCCUUAGUUGGCUCGAGUCCAGAGUAUGCAAUGAACUUUGAUCUGAAGGAUAUGGCCGAUAUGACCAUCGCCGACUUCUCUCUGCCAGAGACUUCGAAACUCACCAACGGGUCCUCCUCGACUUCUUUUCAAACUGACACCGAUAUCUCUGGCAAUCAAGUUCGGGGUGAACGCGAACUCCAAAAAUGGGUACCAGAAGGACCAGAUAACACUGACUAUUCAUUGGGGUCGGGGAACAACGCUGCUUGGGAUCAGUUCGCUACCAACUCUCAGUUGUUCGGCGCUAAGAGCACCUACGAUGAGAACCUCUAUACAACCACCAUCGAUCGCAACGCACCAUCCUACAAGCGCCGGGAAGCUGAAGCCGAACGGAUCGCGCGGGAGAUUGAAGGCUCAACAUCGACAAAUGCACACGUUCGCGAGGAACGUGGUCAGGCUCUCGAGAACGAUGGUGAGGACGAGGAAGAGAAAUACAGUGGAGUUCGUCGGGAUGAGCAAUCCUAUCCAUCACUGUCUGUUGGUGGAGCGAACAAAUACACACCUCCGGCAAGGCGUGCGCCUACCGGCCAAGUGACUGUUCCAGGAGCGCCCGUAGAUCCCGCAAUCAUAUCCGCGCAACUUUCUCGACCAGAGCCGGCCGUGGCCAACACGCAAAAGUCGAAACACGAAAGAGAUGUACCUGUCACCAUUGAGAAGAGCACGGCACCUGCUCCAGACAAGCCGGUAUCUGAACCAAAUGGUACGACGUCAGCACAGAGCGCUGAGCCAGACAAGGCUGUCAAACCCGCUACUCCAGCGAACCCCAGCAAGGUUGAGUCGACCAAUGUCGAAUCGCAACCUAGCAACAAAGUCAUCUCUCAAGGUCCUACCGAAAACGUUGAAGUUAAGGUCCUCCACCAAUUCCGCCAAUUCGCCGAUCUCGAGAAGCAAAGGGUUAUUGAGAGAAGAAAGGCUCAAGCGAACCAAGACCGCGUUGCUAAGUUGAACGAACUCCUCCGCUUCUCAAAGACGUUCAAACUCAAGACCCCCAUCCCGAACGACCUGAUCGGCAUCCUAGCCAAAGACCCAGCUAAGCAGGAGGCUAUCGUCGAAAAAGCACAAAAGGAAUCCAGCGAAUCAACUUCCACUACUACGGCGAGCCCUUCGCAGGCCCCAGUGGCCAGCAACACCACCCGCAAAGCCGAUGUUCCACAACCUCAACCACCUGUGCCGGAACGACAAGUGUUCCAUCGUGGUCGCGGGGGAUUCCAACCAGCGGGCCGCUCUGACCGAUCCGCAGGCCAGCAACAGCCACCACUUUUUCCAGGUCGAAAUAACAGCGCUCCAUAUCAAUCAAGGUUUAGUGGACAUCAGCAAGAUCGCAAAGGCAUCCAGCCUCCUCCUAUUCCUGCCCCAAUUCCCAUUAUUGAAGGACGAGUCCCUCCAACCGGGCCCAUGGCCGAUCAAGCUGGAAUGACCAGCCCGCAGCGGUCCAAUAUGCACACCCCCAAUUCCGCCAUUUCUGGAAAAUUCAAUCUCAAUGUGAAAGCUUCCGAAUUUCGUCCAACUGCCGCCUCCUUCAACCCAGCUGGGCCUUCGCAAACCCCUUCAAGCCCAGGCUCGACCCAACGUGCGGGUUCCAUCUCUAGAACGGCGUCUCCUUCGGUGUUCUUUGGUAACAGGAAGCCAAAGCCGGCUUCCCAGAGACCCUCUAUUGCCAAAGACUUCAACCCCAUUGUUCGGAUGAAAGCAGAGCAUGCUCCGAAGAAGUCCACAGAGGGUGCAAAGACCGAGGAGGUGCAAAAAGACUAUAGUAGCAAUGGUGGCAUCCCGAAUGCUUUCCAAACGGGCCCGAGAUGGACUGUCAAGCCUGAGAACGAUCAAAAGACGUACGAGGAAGUAUUUGAACAGCCCGUGGCACAUCCUGUAAUCUCGCCUGCUCAGAGUCGAUCAUCGUCGAGCCAUCAUAUUCCAUACCUUGGACAAGGUAUGUCAAUACCUAAUGGACCGGCCAACAUCCCACACAUUUCAACACCACAGCACGUGCCACACACCGGCCCACACCAGUUUCCUCAUCAAUACGAGGAUGGCGGUCAUCGAAUGCAAUACGGAGCAGCGACGCCAGGUGUAUUCUCAUCGCCAAAUAUGGCUUCUCGUCAAGCUUCGGCCUAUGCUUCGCCCAUGACACACCCUGCACAACUCUCUUACCAAUCGCAACCGUAUUUCGGGACGCCUUCCGGUCAGAUGCCCAUGCAAAUGCGGCCAUAUCCAGGAACUCCUGGCAUGAUGCAUGCUCAGGUGGGGCAGAUGAGUGCGCCAAUGAUGGUCCAACAGCCAUCCAACGGCCCGUUCAUGGCGGUGCCGCAGCACUUCAAUCACCAAAUGCAAAUGUAUUCGCCAAAUCCAAGUCAAGUAUAUCCCCAGCAGAAUGGAGGCUACUCCAGUCCGGGACGCAUGGCGCCGAUGAUGAUGCAGCAAGGAUCACAACAAGGCCACCCACCUGCGCCCAGCAUGAUGUUUAGCGUCUCCAACCAGGGAGCAGCGCCGAUGGCAUAUCCGCAGCAACAAAUGGGUAUGCAUCGUGGCAGCUAUGGAGGUGGGCACCAGUACGGUUCUACACCCCAUCAGGGAUAUGCCAUGCAGCACCGAACCAUGAGUAGUGGAUAUGGCCAGAUGUCGCAAAAGAUGCAUCACCAAAUGCAACCAGCUCAUGGACCUGCGAUGAAUGGACCCCCACAAGGACCAGCGUAUGGUCAGAUGGAGGGAGGUCAGGACGACGGCAAGUGAACGGUCCGGGAGCAUUGCUUGAACAUGACGUUCACCGAUUGUUUCUCAUAACCCCUUCUGUUCGUGCCACAACGACGGCACUGACAAUCUCUCUUGCCCCAUGCCGGCUCGGCGUUCAAGGCUAAAAUCUUGGACUUCUCGUUUCAGUCAUGUGCGCCUGCGUACAGGUAUGUCGGGAACAUCAGAUUUUCCUGCCAAUCAGCUAACUUGGCCAGCGCAAUAGAGGACGAGAUGAAGGGUCACCAUCGAAGAAGGCCGACGAAUUCCCAAACAUCAGAAUGGAAACCAGGUUCCGAAGGGCUUGCAGGGUAUGCUAUUAUCCAAUCACACGAGUGCUGCGAACCAUCCCCAUUUUAAGUUGGGAGUGGAAGCAGGAUCAACCCUCGAGUCGGGACACACUUCUGGAGGUGAACGCAAAGGGGCAGCGGAGACAAGAAACCGAUGAAGGCAUUAAUAUGGACAGGAGGAAGCGGUCAGGAUGACGGGCAGGGAGACUGGCUUUGCAGAAGUUGUAUCUUAGUGGGAGGCGGCAGGACAUCGGAUGCAGUGUGCUGCUAACAGGGGGAAAAGAGCCGUCGUAUGGCUCCAACAAGGGAGAAGGAUGAAACUGAGCAAGGAUCGAGAGCCGCUGUUGGCUUUUCUCUCACUCACACACACGGAGAGAGAGAGAGGAUAUGGAAGGAAGAGGAAGAACAACCACAAAUAACGGGAAGUGAGGAGCUCUUUGUUAAACUCUCAAACUGUUGCCUCCAUAGGUAGAGCCGCUCACACUAGAUGGGUGCUGUGAGGGUUCACCGAGUCAGUCGAGUCACUGAUCCUGCAACUACUCGUCCCUCUGAAUUGCAUAUUGCAUGUCUACUGUAGGUAUGGUGCGCUGGGGGGCAUUACGAGGUACUCGGGCAGUCGAAGGGCAACUGAGCGCUGAGUGGCCAUGACACUACUCGGUACUGCUGGGGGGAAUGGCCACAAUGGCCUCGCAACGUGGAAACAAAACGGGGAUCGGAGCACGGAGCUUGGCAGCAAAUACGAG